UCACACAAAAUCCUUGACAAAAAGCAAAAUACAUAAACGUAAACAAUGUCAACCGCCAUUGUCCCAGCUGGAAAUCCGCAGCUCCUCCGCCACGACCGCCGUUCAAUGUUUUCCGACGACCUGGCGCCGAGGAAGCAAAUUCAGGCAACUCAUGCUUACAAUGAGCGUUCCAUAGACACAGAAUCAAUUCUUGUCAUAGUUAAGGAUAUCUUCAAUGUUGUUACCCCUGGAAUUCACAAUGGCUCGAUGAAUCACACCGGAAUACACGGUGAAACGGCCGCACUGACCAGCUCUGAUUGCAUCGGCGACGCAUUAGCCUUUUUGUUGAACAAGAUCUCUAUUGAGUUGUCCUGCAAGUGCUCGGGCGGAGGCGACAACCAUACUCUGGCAGUGGAGAUUCUGAACGCUCUGUCGAGCUACACUUGGGAGGCGAAAGCCGUGGUGGUCCUAGCCUCAUUCGCCGUCAGCUACGGCCAGUUCUGGCUGGUCGCGAACCACUUCACAACAGAGCCGCUGGCAAAAUCACUGGCAAUGCUGAAGCUUGUUCCGGAUAUAGUUGAUACGAUGAAGUCGAGAUUGGAGCCCAUCAACAUUAGCCUUUUUGUUGAACAAGGUCUCUAUUGAGGUUGAUCUUUAAUUUCAAUCUUGCUAUAUGUUUACUUUUUUAUUUCAGAGAAGAAAAUGAUUAAUGGUUAUUAUGGCACAGUUAAUUAGUAUUGCCUAUGAAAUGGGAAUACUAAUUAGUAUUGCCUAAGAACUUGGAAUCGAGAUUCAACAACAUAAAUUAAAUCAAACCA